AUGCCGGAGGAAAAAUGGCUGUAUAUAACUGAAACUGCAUUAGCAAUAGAUAACAGACGGGAUACAAAUAUUGAUGGAGAAGAAAGUGAAAUUCAUGUGGUGACCAAGUUCUACCAGCACAUACUUGCCAUGGUGUUUGCGAUUGAAGAGAUCAACAAGAAUCCCAAGAUCUUACCCAAUAUCACUCUUGGGUUCCGUAUCUAUGACAGCUACUCCCAUUCAAGGUUGACGUACCGGACAGUUCUAGAUCUGCUCUUUAAAUCACAUCAUUUCAUCCCCAACUACAAAUGUGGCAUCCAAGAAAAUGUAAUAGGAGUCAUUGGGGGACUCAGCUCUGAUACCUCCUCAUGCAUGGCAGAUAUCUUGGGUCUCUAUAAGAUUCCACAGAUUACAUAUGGCUCAUUUGAACUAGCAGUCAGUGAUCAAUUCAAAUUCCCUUCCUUUUACCACAUGGUUCCCAAUGAAGGUCUUCAGUAUGAGGGAAUCAUCCAGUUACUUCUUCAUUUCAAAUGGUCAUGGCUUCACUCAUUCCUUCGCAGAACUUCUUUCAACAACAGUGCUGGAGAAGAAAUUACAUUUAAUGAAUAUGGAGAGUUAGCAGCUGGGUUUGAUAUUACAAACAUGGUCUCUUUCCCAAAUACAUCCUAUCUCAGGGUCAAAGUGGGAAGACUGGAUCCUCAGGCUUCUCCUGGCAAAGAGCUCACCAUUAAUGAAGACAAAAUCAAAUGGCACAGAGAUUUGACUCAGGUGCCACCACUUUCGAUGUGUAAUGAAAUGUGCCAACCUGGAUAUGGGAAGAAAAAGAAGGAGGGAGAGAAGUUUUGCUGCUAUAAUUGUGUUCCAUGUCCUAACGGGAUGUUCUCAAAUGGAGAGGGUAGGACAUUUUAUAUGGAAACGUGUGUCACUUGCCCAGGAGAUCAAUAUCCAAACAAAGGCCAAGAUCAAUGCAUUCCUAAGAUACCAAAUUUCCUAGCUUUUUAUGACACUUUGGGCAUUUUUUUAACUUUAUCUGCACUUUUCUCCUCUCUGAUCACAGUUCUGGUGCUGGGCAUCUUCAUUAAGCACCGGGAUACAGCCAUAGUCAAAGCCAACAACAGAAGCCUCACCUACAUUCUCCUUAUCUCCCUCCUAUUCUGUUUCCUCUGCUCCUUGAUGUUUAUUGGAAAACCUAACGAAGUGACUUGCCUUCUCCGACAAAUUGCUUUUGCCAUUGUCUUCACUAUGUCCCUCUCUUGCAUCUUGGCCAAAACUAUUUCUGUGGUUUUGGCAUUCAUGGCCACCAAACCAGGAUCCAGAAUGAUAAAAUGGAUGGGGAAAGGAUUAGGCUAUUCCAUUGUCCUUUCUUGCUCCAAUAUUCAAGCGGGGAUCUGUGUUUUUUGGCUUGCAAUCUCUCCUCCAUUCCCAGAUGUGGACAUGAACUCAUUUACUGAUGAAAUAGUUGUGCUCUGUAGUGAAGGAUCACCCACCAUGCUUUAUUGUGUUUUGAGCUACAUGGGCUUCCUGGCCACUGUCAGCUUCAUUGUGGCCUUCUUAGCCAGGAGAUUGCCUGACAGUUUCAAUGAAGCCAAGUUCAUCACCUUCAGCAUGUUGGUCUUUUGCAGUGUUUGGUUGACCUUUGUUCCAACAUACAUGAGCACCAGAGGAAAAUAUGUGGUGGCUGUUGAGAUCUUCUCCAUCUUGACCUCCAGUGCUGGAUUACUGGCUUGCAUAUUUUUCCCCAAAUGUUACAUUAUUCUAAUGAGGCCUGAGUUGAAUACUAGAGAACAACUAAUACGAAAAAUUAUAUAA